AUUUAAGAUUUAAUUAGUGUAAGGAUGGUGAUGACUGUAGCCGUGGUGCGCCAACAAUUGGCAAAUCUCGCUAAUUCCGGCGGAUCUCACAAGGAUCAAGCUGAAAAUUUAAAAAUAAUUUUUAUUAAUAAUUUUAUUUUUAUUGUUACAGUUGUUAAUGAAAAUGUGAGUUUAGUUAUUUCACGACAAGUUUUAACUGAUGUUAGUAAUCGAUUAGCGCAGUUAGAUGAUGAAAUAUCAAAGGCUGUCUCACAUUAUACCUUAGACAAAGUACAACCUAGAGUAAUAUCUUUCGAAGAACAAGUUGCUAGUAUUCGUCAGCAUUUAGCUAAUAUUUAUGAAAGAAAACAGGACUGGAGAGAAGCUGCCAAUGUUCUAGUGGGAAUCCCGUUAGAAACUGGCCAAAAGCAAUAUACAGUAGAUUAUAAGCUUGAAACUUAUUUAAAAAUAGCAAGACUGUAUCUGGAAGAUGAUGAUCCGAUUCAAGCCGAAGCUUUUAUAAACCGAGCAUCAUUACUACAAGCAGAAACUAAGAAUGAACAGCUACAGAUUUAUUACAAGGUUUGCUACGCCAGAGUGCUGGAUUACCGUAGGAAGUUCAUCGAAGCUGCACAAAGAUACAACGAAUUGUCAUACAGGUCAAUUAUUCACGAAGACGAACACGAGCGUUGUCAGCAGCUUCCAGCGUACGCAAUCCUUGAAAAAAUGUACCUGGACCGUAUAAUCCGUCGCACAGAGCUACAAGACUUCGAAGCGCUUUUACAGCCUCAUCAGAAAGCUUUAACGCGUGAUGGACUUGGAUCAACAAUUCUCGACCGCGCUGUCAUCGAACACAAUCUCCUCUCGGCCAGUAAACUUUACAAUAAUAUUACUUUUGAAGAGUUGGGAGCUUUACUGGAAAUUCCCCCGUCUAAUGCUGAGAAAAUUGCCAGUCAGAUGAUCACAGAGAGCCGCAUGAAUGGUUACAUUGAUCAGAUUGAUUCGGUGGUUCAUUUUGAGACACGUGAAAUUUUACCAACAUGGGACAAACAAAUACAAUCUCUUUGCUACCAAGUAAACCAAAUAAUUGAAAAAAUAGCUCAAACACAACCAGAUUGGAUUGCUCAAGCCAUGGAGGAUCAAUUGGUCCAUUAA